AAUCCACUGAACCAUAAAGGGAACUCCAAAAUUUUUUUAAAUUAAAAAAAUUCUAGACAGCCAUGGCUGCCACCGCCGCCGACCCUGAGGCUCCCCUCUCCCCAGGUGAAUUGCUCCUGAAAGGUGAGGCUGAGAAGCCUGAGGAUGAGCUAGAGGAGGAAGACAAUGGUGACAAUGAGCUAGAUGAGACCCUGUGGGAGAGACUGUGUGGUCUGACGGAGAUGUUCCUGGAGAGGGUCUGUUCCACAGCUGGAGCCACUUUUGAUCUCCCCCUCUUCAUGGCUCAAAAAAUGUACAGGUUUUCCAGGGCAGUCUUGUGGGUUGGAAUCACUUCCUUCAUGAUCCUGGUUCUUCCUGUCGUCUUUGAGACUGAGAGGUUGCAGAUGGAGCAACAGCAUCACCUGCAGCAACAGCAGAUACUUCUAGGGCCUAAUACAGGGCUGUCAUGAGGAAUGCGAGGGGCUCUACCUUCACUUCCUGGAAGGAUUCAGUUUGUCACUGCCAUACUUGACCUGUCUUGGUGGGAGAAAUUUGAAAAUGCAAUGGUGUUUGACUAUUGGAUUUUUUUUUUAAACUUUGGCACAUUGAUCUAUCUAAACCUGGCGGAGAGAAUUCUCCCCACACUGUCUCAUGGAGAGACUCCAAACUUGCAGAUGUGCCCUCCUAUCCUGACAUAUUUCUUCUGUCCUCACUCUGAUAGCAAGCAAAGUGCAGCACUGCAGAUGGUUAUGCCAGCUCUGGCCAUCCCACCCCAUUACUAAAUUACUCCUGAUUGGAAGAUCCCUCACUAUCCCAUUGUGGGGUAGGAACUAAUGCCAUUGGGAAGGAUGUACCCUGACCAUUAACAGCUCUUUGUUUUUUAAGAAUGGAAUGCACAGAAUAUAAAAUACACAAUGCCUCAUAGCUCUCCUGUAAAGCAGCCACUGUGAAUUUCUAUUUAUAUUAGAGGGAGGGCUGGCAGCAGAUUCAACCACAAGAUGGGGACUGUGGAGGACAGAGCAGGAGCUCAUUUCCUCUGCAUAUUUUACCUGUUAAAUCUGUGUGCGUGUAUCUAAAAGAGAAAGUCGGUGCUCACGCUUUGUAUUUAAAUAUUAAAAUGAUUCCAACAAGAAAAAAAAUACUGUGUUUAUCCCAAGAUUAGUGGGAAGUCAUUUAAAGAUUUUAAUUGUGGAGAAAGGUGGAGGAAGAAGCAAUCACUUUUGUUUACAAAACAUAUUUUAUUUAUUUAUUUCUUUAAGGACUGCAUUUGCGGCAUAUGGAGGUUCCCAGG